AUGCGCACCGGGCGCGGCGGGGCAGUCCGCGCCGUCGGCCGGAAGAGGAGGAGGUGUCUCGUGGCGUCGCUCCGCGUUCCGGGUGUCGGAGCCUCAGCGGCCGCGGACGGAGCUCGUUGGGCCCCAUCGGAGCCGGCCCCGGCCGCGGCGCCCACCAUGUACAAUGGGAUCGGGCUGGCCACGCCGCGGGGCAGCGGCACCAACGGCUACGUCCAGCGCAACCUCUCGGCCCUGCGGCACAAGAAGGGGGGCGGCCCCGAGCCCCCCCCCCCCGGCGAGGAGGAGCUGCGCAGGCUGGAGGCCGGGCUGGCCAAGAGGCCCAACCCUGACAUCCUGGAUCACCAGCGCAAGAGGAAGGUGGAGCUGAAAUGCCUGGAGCUCACCGAGCUCAUGGAGGAGCAGGGCUACGCCGAGGGCGAGAUCCAGGAGAAGGUGGCCACGUUCCGCAUGAUGCUGCUGGAGAAGGACGUGGCCUUGGGGGAACCCGAGCAGAAACCAACGGUGACAGAGACCCACCAGCUGGCUGAGGCCAAUGAGAGGAAGAACGAGAGGCUGCGGGCGGCCUUUGGGAUCAGUGACUCCUAUGUGGAUGGCAGCGCCUUUGACCCCAGCCGCCGAGCCAAGGAGACCCCCCCCGAGCCCCCCAACCCGGCCCCGGGAAGGGGCGGAGCCUCUGACGUCAUCACUGACGUCACUUCCGCCUCGGACCUGCGGCCGCUGCCGCUCCGCCCCCAGCCCCGCCCCCCGAUGAUGACGUCACUUCCGCUCGUGCUCUGCCGCCGCUGGGCGGGUCACAACCGCUGGUCAAAGGUCAGGACGGUGAAGGGACCACGUGACGCCGACAGGGGGCGCCUGUUCCAGCGGCUCUCACUGCGCCUGCGCGCCGCGGUCAAAGAUGGGGGUCCGGACCCAGCCCUCAACGCCCCAUUGGCCAACAUGAUAGAGCAAUGCAGAGCCAGCAACAUGCCCAAGAGCUCCAUUGAGGCUGCCAUAGAGGGAGCGCUCCGCCCCACGGCCUCCUCGCCCCUCCUGCUCCAGGCCCGCGCCCCACAGGGGGUCUCACUGCUCCUAUGGGUCCAGACCUCCGACCCCCGACGCAGCCAACGGGAGCUGAGCUCCAUCCUCAGCCGCUAUGGCGCGGCGCUGUCGGCCGGGGUCCUCCAUGACUUCCAGCAGCAGGGGGUGGUACGUGUGGGGCGCACGGACGCUAUGGGGCAGCCUGUGGGGCUGGAGGCGGCGCUGGAGCUGGCGCUGGAGGUUGGGGCUCAGGAUGUCAGAGAGGAGGAGGAGGAGGAGCCUUCGUUGGUGUUCCUGUGCCCCCCCCAGUCCCUGCCCCAUGUCCGUGCCCAUCUCCAGGCCUCAGGCCUCCAGCUGCUCUCGGCCCAUCCGGAGCCUGUUCCCAGUAUCCAACUGGUGCAUCCGGAUGGGAACUGGAGCCGGUUACUGGUCCAGGAGCUCCGGAACCAUCCGGAUGUCACCCGGAUCCACCACAACAUCCAAUGGGAGCGCUCGGAUGGCGGCAGCAGCCAAUGAGAGGGCUCCGGCCGCGGCAGCCAAUGGGAGCGCUCCAAUGGCAGCCAAUGAGAGGGCUCCGGCCGCGGCAGCCAAUGGGAGCGCUCCGAUGGCAGCCAAUGAGAGGGCUCGGAUGGGGAGGGAGGGAUGCUCAUUGGCCAAUAAAGAGCAUCAAUGGA